UCUGUGAUGAAAUAAAUAUCUUCGUCGUCGCCGAUCAAACGCCGAUCAUCUUAAACAAAGUAGGGUUUGAUAAUAAGGAUCAAGAGUGUCAAAUCUCAGUAAUUCUGAUCCUAGGUCUUCCGUUUUCUUCAAUUCCUCGAAUAAUAAUUAUAUGAGCUUACCGAUUGUGAAAGAUGUAUAGCAAUUUCAAGGAGCAAGCAAUCGAGUACGUGAAGCAGGCUGUACACGAAGAUAAUGAAGGAAACUAUGCGAAGGCGUUUCCGCUCUAUAUGAAUGCAUUGGAGUACUUCAAGACACACUUGAAGUAUGAGAAAAACCCUAAGAUCAAGGAGGCAAUCACGCAAAAGUUCACCGAGUAUCUGCGUCGAGCGGAGGAGAUCAGGUCCGUGCUCGACGAAGGUGGAUCAGGUCCUGCUUCCAACGGAGAUGCUGCCUUGGCUACUCGUACAAAGGCCAAACCUAAGGAUGGGGGAGAAGCCGGGGAGGGGGAGGAUACUGAGAAGGCGAAGCUUAGGUCUGGAUUGAACUCUGCUAUAAUUAGGGAGAAACCGAAUGUGAAGUGGAAUGAUGUUGCUGGGCUUGAAAGCGCAAAACAGGCAUUGCAGGAGGCAGUUAUUCUUCCUGUGAAGUUUCCUCAAUUUUUUGUUGGUAAGAGACGGCCGUGGAAAGCAUUCCUUUUAUAUGGUCCACCUGGAACAGGGAAGUCUUACUUAGCUAAAGCUGUUGCAACUGAAGCUGAUUCUACCUUUUUCAGCAUUUCCUCUUCAGACCUCGUUUCAAAGUGGAUGGGUGAAAGUGAAAAACUAGUUUCAAACCUUUUCCAAAUGGCUCGUGAAAGUGCUCCUUCCAUCAUCUUUGUUGAUGAAAUUGAUUCCCUAUGUGGUCAACGUGGAGAAGGGAAUGAGAGUGAAGCUUCUAGACGUAUCAAAACUGAGCUUCUUGUGCAGAUGCAGGGUGUAGGACAUAAUGAUGAUAAAGUUCUUGUUCUUGCAGCAACCAAUACUCCAUAUGCUUUGGAUCAGGCCAUCCGUCGACGAUUUGACAAGCGUAUAUACAUUCCUCUACCAGAUUUGAAGGCACGGCAGCACAUGUUCAAAGUUCAUCUGGGAGAUACUCCUCAUAACUUGACUGAAAGCGAUUAUGAGAACUUGGCUCGCAAAUCCGAAGGAUAUUCUGGCUCAGAUAUUUCUGUCUGUGUGAAAGACGUGCUAUUUGAGCCUGUACGUAAAACCCAAGAUGCGAUGUAUUUCAUAAAGACUCCUGAAGAUCUCUGGAUGCCUUGUGGGCCAAAACAACGGGGUUCUAUUCAAACAACCAUGCAGGAUCUGGCUGCAAAAGGGCUCGCUUCAAAGAUCAAUCCGCCGCCCAUCUCUAGAACAGAUUUUGACAAGGUGUUGGCCAGACAAAGGCCAACUGUGAGCAAAAAGGACCUUGAAGUGCAUGAAAAAUUCACAAAGGAGUUUGGAGAAGACGGUUGAUGAAAUUUUUAUAUAGGCAUCAGAGAAUGAACUGAAGAUGUAAAUUAAACCUAUCUAUCCACAUUUAUAAUUAUUAUUAAGAUUAUUAUUAUUAUAUAGCUUUCUUGAAUUUUGAGGAGGCUUGGUGAUAAUACAAUGUUUAUUUUGUAUGGGGUGUUGAUUUUUUUUUUUUUGUAUAUUUGAUUCCCUGAGAUACACUGAUACUCAUUGAUUACUAAUUGCAAUGAAUGAAGUUGUAAGAUAUUUUUUUUUUCCAGUUGGA